AUGGCGCCUAAGACAGCCCCAGCCACCAAGACGCCAGGGCACAUUUCCGACCAGCCUUGGACCUUGGCCAACUGGUAUCAACAUAUCGACUGGCUCAAGACAACACUUCUUGUCAUUAUUCCUCUGGUAACUUGUUACUUUGCUUACUACACGCCGUUGCAACGUCCUACCCUCAUUUUUUCCGUUCUCUUGCACCUGUGGGCCGGUAUUGGCAUCACAGCAGGAUACCAUAGACUGUGGUCCCACCGUUCGUACACUGCGACGCUGCCCCUUCAACUCUUCCUCGGCUUAGGUGGCGCGAGCGCCCUCGAGGGCUCAAUUCGAUACUGGAGUUGGGGCCACCGAGCGCAUCACAGGUUCACCGACACCGAUCAGGACCCGUACACCGUACACAAAGGCCUGUGGCACGCACACAUGGGAUGGCUAUUGGUUCGCCAAGAUUACAAGAAGCACGGCCGAACCGACAUCUCCGACUUGAGCAACGACCCCUUUGUUGUCUGGCAGCAUAAACAUUACCCGGCAAUAUCUAUAACAUGUGGCUGGAUUCUGCCGAUGGUGGUCGCAGGACUCGGCUGGGGUGACUGGCGAGGCGGACUGAUCUACGCUGGAGUCCUCCGUGUCGUCACCGUCCAACAGAGUUCCUUCACCAUCAACAGUUUGGGUCAUUACUUGGGUGAUCAGCCCUUCGACGAUAGGCGCUCUCCGAGGGACCACUGGAUCUCUUCCCUCUUCAGUCUCGGCGAGGGAUACCACAACUUUCACCACGAGUUUCCCACCGACUACCGCAAUACCACUCGCUGGUUAACAUAUGAUCCCAACAAGUGGUGCAUCGCUACGUGGAAAUGGAUGGGCCUUGCGAGCGAUCUGAGGACGUUCUCCCAGAACGAAAUCGACAAGGGCAAGCUUCAGCAGGAGCAGAAGAAACUGGACGGAAAGCUGGCAGUCCUGAAAUGGGGCAGACCGCUGAAAGACCUUCCAGUGAUGGAAUGGGACGAGUUCCUAGUGAGCUCGCAGGACCGGGCGCUCAUUGUGGUUGCCGGCCUCGUUCACGACUUGACCAGUUUCGUUGACGAGCACCCCGGUGGCAAGAGUCUCAUCUCGUCGGGUAUCGGCAAGGAUGCAACGGCAUUGUUCAACGGUGGCGUGUACAACCAUUCGAAUGCGGCACGUAACUUGUUGGCGAAAUACCGAGUCGGCAUCAUCCGCGGCGGCGGCGAAGUUGAAAUCUGGAGGCUGAGAACGGAGAAGCGUCUUGAGCAGAUACGGACGAGGGACUAUGAUUACUCCAUCGUCGGUAAGAAACUUGCCAUGGAAUAGGGAUAUUGUACAAAAUGGGUGGGAAUGGUGUAAACUUUGCCGGGGUAAACGGCCGGACUGCAGUCCAGUAUUGUUAUUAUCAUGCAGAUGGUCGAACACGAAGAUCCGAAGAGAUCAGGUGCACAUAUAGAGAUGCAAGCCUUGAUUAAUAAUAA